AUGGAGGCUACCCCUGACCUUCCCAUCCAUGCUGACUUGAACAACCUGCCCGACAUGCGCCUGGAGUCUCGCAAACCCUUCUGGUCUUCCGUUAAAUCCCUGGAAGACUUUGACCCCAAGACUGAGUGCCCCUUGCACACCAGCCCCUUGCACACCAGCCCCUCGCACACCAGCCCCACUCACACCAGCCCCACUCACACCAGCACACCAGCCCCUUGCACACCAGCCCUCUCACACCAGCCCCACUCACACCAGCCCCUCUCACACCAGCCCCACUCACACCAGCCCCACUCACACCAGCCCCACUCACACCACCCCUUGCCCCUUGCACACCAGCCCCCUGCACACCAGCCCCUUGCACACCAGCCCCACUCACACCAGCCCCUCGCACACCAGCCCCUUGCACACAAGCUCGUUGCACACCAGCCCCACUCACACCAGCCCCUUGCACACCAGCCCCCACCGCACACCAGCCCCUUGCACACCAGCCCCAGCCCCCUCGCACACACCACCAGCCCCUCGCACACCAGCCCCUCGCACACCAGCCCCACACACACCAGCCCCCCUCGCACACCAGCCCCUUGCACACCAGCCCCACUCACUCACACACACCAGCCCCUUGCACACCAGCCCCUUGCACACACCAGCCCCACGCACACCAGCCCCUCACACCAGCCCCCUCGCACACCAGCCCCACUCACACACCAGCCCCUCGCACACCAGCCACCCAGCCCUCACACCACACACACCAGCCCCUCGCACACCAGCCCCCCUUGCACACCAGCCCCACUCACACAGCCCCUCGCACACCAGCCCCACGCACACCAGCCCCUCGCACACCAGCCCCUUGCACACCAGCCCCUUGCACACCAGCUCCUCGCACACCAGCCCCCUCACACACCAGCCCCUUGCACACCAGCCCCUUGCACACCAGCCCCCCCUUGCACACCAGCCCCUUGCACACCAGCCCCUUGCACACCAGCCCCCCUCACACCAGCCCCUGCCCCACACCACAGCCCCUGCACACCAGCCCCACUCACCCCUUGCCCCAGCCCCUCACACACCAGCCCCUCGCACACCACCAGCCCCUUGCACACCAGCCCCUCGCACACCAGCCCCUUGCACACCAGCCCCUUGCACACCAGCCCCUUGCACACCAGCCCCUUGCACACCAGCCCCUCGCACACCAGCCCCCUCACACCAGGCAAUGUUAUUGUCGAACAUGAAAACAUCAAAUUGGAGAACAUCAAAACGGAGAAGAACAUCGCAAGUGCAUGA